AUGUUGAAGGAUCAUGAUUUGGCUGAGAGGAUAUGCCCUGGCGAUGCGUCGUGGACUCUGCGCCACAUAUCAACAUGUAUAAAUAUCCAUCUUAGCGCAUUUGGUGAAAUAUUCCCGAACCCACAAGACCUCAAGAGUCAGAUCCUUGAGAUUGUAGAAAAUAUCCAUAAUCGUUCUUUUGACUCAGCGAGCCGCCCCAAAUUCUUCGCUGUCAGGAAAUAUUUCGAUUCCCCGCGCUGCGCAUCACCAUCCACCUCUCCCCCUUGCGGACGUGAAAAACGCGGUCGUUGCUACACACUCCUGGAAAAUUUCACCUACAGCCAUUCACAAUCUGCUAGGCUCACUUUAUCAUUGGUCCAACCUGAGUAUGGAGAAUAUCUGGCAGAAUCAUACUGCUGGUCGCAGAGAGAGUCGUUCCGAUCAACUGGCAAAUCUGAUUUCAUGUCAGAUUUGUGCAGUAACAUGCCGGUGAUGAUUGAGCAGUUGGAUGGGACUGUCAGAGAAUCAAGAGCACCAUGCAGGAUUCUUAGAAGAGCAAUUAGGCACGCCCAGGAUAACGGUCUCAAAUACAUAUGGAUUGAUCAAGAAUGCAUCGAGCAGCAUGAUCCAAUAGAGAAAGCAAUAGCUAUCGAAGGUAUGGACUGCAUGUAUGCUCGAGCUCAGACGGUUCUUUCGUUGCUGGAUUUACGCCUGCCGGACGAGCACGCUGCUGUCGUGAUGAAGGCUUUGGAAAGACCGCCGCGUUCUAUAGAUUUCACGAAUGGUGUCAUUCAAUGGGUCUAUCGGCCAAAUGUAGAGGAGUUAAUAAAUGGAGCGGAUGCAUUGUGUCAUAUUCUGGAACUCGUCACGGAGGACACAUGGUACGAGAGCUUGGAUCAGACAAGAAAGGCUAUGCGCGGAAUCCAGGAGCGGCAGCAGUGA